AUGGCGUCUCCUCAGGCAAAGUCCACCGUGUUGUGUGGCUCGUGUGCUCAGAGCAUUGCGGCCACCUUCAGUGACAGCAGUAGUGUCGGGCCAACGGUGAUCAAGACCACACUCAUGAUUGAAGACAACACGGUUGCUGUUGAACAGCUUGCAGAGAUGUCAUCAGGCAAGCUGGCAGACAUUGUACGCGACGGGCGGUUUCGAGCACACCUGAGAACGGGGAAUCGGCGCCCUCCGACAACCGCCAACACGCUGUUGCCGACACUCUUCGGAAGCCAUCACCCCACCCCAGCACAGCAGCAGCUUCCCAUGCCUCUGGGCCCUGCAGCCAUCAUUGCCAGCAUCGGCGAGGUCGGCGGAUACAAAGGCCCGCGAGGAAACGCAUACACCAGCACAAGACAUGACGUACCUCAGCAUGAGGCGACGCUGAGGGCUCUGCCCGGUGUUCAAAUGGUGCAUGUUGAUGAUGCGUCACGCCGUGUGGAAAUCAAGCACGAGACCUACGCGACAUGGUCACACGUCUCGCUGAAGGAUGCUGGAUGCGUGAGGGAGCUGGACCACGAAUCGCCACCACCCACAGGAGCGAGAUCCGCUUCUGGCUCACCACCUUCAUCGUGUGCAUCACCGUGGUUCUUCGUCGCGUCCAUCAUCGUGGCCGCGUGUGGCCAGACUCCUGGGAUGCGCGCAUCGUCGAUGGCAUACUCCUGGGAUGCACGCAUCUCCACCAUACAGGGCGCUGCCAACAUGAAUGUACCGGCAUUCUCCUUCUUCACCUUUGUGUCGCCCGGGCGGUACAUCGAACACCUCGCCAAAGGCAACAUCUCCAGCCUGAUGAAGGAAGGUACAGUCAACGGCAACCGCGUGGAGGAGCGAAUUGACACCGGGCUCGUGCAGCGCGGCGACGACCUAAAGGAUGCCGGUGAAAUGGACGAGGCCGUGAUCACGGGGCGAAUCAACACUCGUCUCGUCUCCAAAGGCGUUAUUGUCGUAUGGGCGGCACCAUGGUGCAUGGUCUUUGAGGCCACGCAUGUUGGCAGUGUGUCAAAGGCGCCCAUCCAGCAGAGACAAGCUGGCGGGGCGCCUUGUGUCAGGCAUCGUGCUGCUGUUGGUAUGUGGGUUGCGCUGCUGACCUCGGGGGCCGCUGACACAUUGGAGCCCACGUUCGGUGCCGUGCUUGACAAGAUGAGAACGCUGACAGUUGGAUGGCCACAAGUCACGUGUGUGCGCGUGCUCGGCGAUGAUGACACGAGGACGGACGAGGACACCCCGUCGAAGCUGGUGGCGGCUGCAGAGGCAAACAGUGAACAUGCCUCUGGGCCAGGCGAUUAUGGCGCACCAACCGUGGACAGCAAGCCCAUUGUCAUUGGCAUGCCCAUUGUGGUGUUGGCAAUCCCACGCCAUCAGCGGCAAAUAGCGGCAGACGAUGCACGAAGACGACGAGACGCGUGGCUGCACGCCCCAGAGGCGAAGAGGGUGGUGCGCCUGCUGCGCCCGCACGGCCUGACCAUGGCCAUGCUCACGGGCGACAAGGAGGGCACUGCGCGGUCCAUUGGAGGCAGAGCAGCGUGCAAGAACUGCAGGCGAAAGGGCGAGGUGGUGGUGAUGGUUGGCGUCGGCAUCAACAUUGAGUCAGCGGACUGCGUUCUGAUGAUCAAGGACAACCUGCUUGCUGGAGCCAUCCACUGGUCGUGGCGCGUGGCCACCUGUCCAGCGACACCAACGCCGGAGUGCACACGAUCCGCCAAAGCACCAGCGUCCACGUCUCGGAGAUCCAAUCCAUCGCAACAGCCACCACUUCGUCACUUUCUCCUGUGCUCCUGUGGCAUCAUUUUGGCGAGGGCGAUGGCUUCAUCGGUACCAUCAGCGUGUCUGCGAGCGGAGACCAGCACCUGCUUUUAUCGGAAGGCCGGUAGUUUUGGCAGUGUACAGCCUGACCUCCUCCUCCUCCUCGUCGCUGCGCGUGUCCCUGAUCCACAGCCCUCUUGCAGCAGUGCACUCCUGGCCGCUGCCGGUUAUGGUGGCGCAACGUAUUUGGGACUUGGACAAGCCCUUGUCGUGUGGCCGCUCCGCCGCCCUCCGUUUGGUGGCCAGCACGAUCGAUCAGAGGCAACAGCGGGGGUGUGCACCAGCCCUGCGAUGGUAAGCGCGUCCUGA